AGAUGUAUGCCUCCACCCAGUUGAACCCGAAGGCUGAAUCGUGAACUAACCAAGGGAGUUGAUAACAUGAUGGAGAAGAAUGCAUACACGAUGGCCACCUUGGGCCUCAACGCCAAAGAUGGCCUUCAACCAAAGCGGGAUUGUGGCUUCUACAUGAAAUAUUUCUUCCUCUUCCUCUCCCUCAUCCAGUUCCUUAUCAUUUUGGGAUUGGUACUUUUUAUGAUCUACAGCAACCCCCGGGAAGCCACCGAGAAGCACCUCAAGGGCUUGACGAACCAGCUGCAGGAGAGUGAGAAGAAGAUCAAAGCCCUCAACGAAGAGAUUGGCAAAUUCAAGCGCCAGCUUAACGCCACGGAGAAGGAAGCUCGUCUGGUACAGACCCAAAUGCUCAGGUUGAACACCACCUUGAGGUUUUGCAACAAUGAAAAGACAAAGCUGAAGGAACAACAGCUGAGCAAUACAGCAGCUCUCUUAGCGGCAAAUGAAAAUAAAUUCAACUUGCGUUAUUUGAAUAUUAGUUGCAUUGCACAAGUGACCGCUCUGGAGAAGCAGCUGAUGGCCUCGGAGCUGAAAAGCCAGAUGGAGCGAGAAAACUUAAGCCGGGAGAGCAAGUCUUGGCAAGAGAAAGCUGAGAAGGCGGAGAAAGAAAAAAAUGAAUGCCAGCUAGACAAACUCCAGCUGCAAACGCGGGAACAGAAGUACCAGGAGCUGAAGUCCACCGUGCUCCAAGAGUUAGACCCUGUCCUUAAGAACUUGAAGGCUUCCGCGGAAAAGUUUUUUACUUCCUAUGAGAUCCAUGGCUGUUACCGCAUUGAGAUUGAAAACACGUUCCGCUCCGUCUUCAGAAAUCUGCAGAGCCAACUUGAUACGGUGGCACAACAACUUGAUCAGAGGGCCAACGAGGUGUCUCAAGAGAAUGCUCUGUUGCAAAGCCAGAAGGCUGCUUGUAAGCAACACCUGCAGGAACGGGACCAGCAGCUCAACCGCCAGCAGCAGCAGUUUGAGUUGGAGAAGCAGAUCCUCCAUGAAGCCGGAGAAAUUCAGGCUCAGAAAAUAAGGGGUGAAUGCAGGAAGACGCACGAUGAGAACGAAAGCUUGAAGCUGCAGCUCCAGCAGACCAAACAGGCCUGCAUCGGCCUGCGGACUUCAGCUCCGGGCAACACGGCUUUGAGGAACCCGUUAAGUCUGGGGCCACCUAAUCCCUUUGGCACCUUUCCAAGAAGUUUUGGGAACACAGGAGGUCUCGGGAAUCCUCCAGCAAGCUCUAAUGUCUUCAGCAGUCCAAGCCUAUGGGGGAGGCCAAGUUCACCGGCUCAGCCGAGUUCUGGAUCUCAGCGAAACCUAAGCACCGCUGAACAAAACAAACUCCAGAUCUUGAAGGCUGCUUCAGAGACUGGAAAGUUGUCAAACUUAGUACCAGUAAAUCCAGUGGGACAGCCCAAGAGCUAAAGGAAACAUUGACGAAGUCAACUAAGAAUUCAAAACAGCUCCUAAGCAUAAGACUGAAGUGUUGAGUGGGGAAAGGAAAACAUUCACCUCUGUGGAAAAGACUUCAAGUAGUAAUUCAAGAGAGAAGGCCUGGAAGAGCUUUGGGGCCAGGGGAGAGGAUCUCAAGUCGGGAUUCUGCCCUCUUCUCUAACAUAACUGACAUUUAAUUCUAGCUCAGUCUUGCACACUGAUGUCUUUUACGACCCAACAUUGUUUUCCUUCAGUAUCUUUGGAUUCAUACAAAAAACUUACUCCUUCAUCGGAUUGAGGGUCCAUUGAGGAACAAUCCACACCAAUCCUUCUGUCUCAGGUUUCUUUACUUGUAGAGUUAUGGCAAGGAUAGAAUGUAAUUGCUUUGACCAGUGGUGGGAUUCAGCCAGUUCAGGCCGGUUCGAGUGAACCGGUAGUUAAAUUACUGGCUGGCCCUGCCCCUUUCGGCCCCGCCCCUUCCAGGAGUCCCCACGCACCCCAUUUUGGCUCCCAGGUAAGUGCAGGGAGGUCUCCUAGACCCAAACUAGGAUGUGGGGGCAGUGCCACCUCCACAUCCCCCUUGGUCUGUUUUUACUCCCCGGAGGUGCAGGAGGCUGCGUGUUGCCUGUCACACCCCUGGCCACCCCCACCAUGGCCACGCCCACCCAGGCAGUCAUUAGGGCAGAGGAGAGAACCGGUUGUUAAAUUAUUUGAAUCCCACAACUGCCUGUGACAUCACCAGCCAGAUGAGAUAUGAAUGCAAUCAGUCAACAUUUUCAGUGAUUUCAUGCCACUACUACAUUCAUUCAAAAUGAAAGCAAAAAGGAUGGAAAUUGUAAAUGCACUCUUCACAUAAGCGAGGAGUUGGUGUUCCUGCAGUUUUGUAAGAUACUGUGGCAUAUUUAUGUAUAUAGCUUUAUGUAGGCAUGCACUCAUAUAUUGGAGAAGUUGUGUUUCUCUUGAUUAUUAGCUGGGCUGAAGGUCCCCUGUUCACCACUGACAUCUGAUUAUCCAGUCCACUCUAACUCUGUGAGUAUCCCACUAAAGUUGAUUACAAUUACUGUAUGUCUGAUAACAGAGUUGAAAAGCUCUUCAUCUACAUUGAAGCUCUGAAGAACUAAAAAAAAAAACCUAAAAAGUAUCAAACCAGGUAGAUUUGUGGUCUAGCAGUGUUGGCAACUCUCUUUCUCAACAUGACUUUGUUUUGGGGUGUCUGGAGGCAUCAUGCUAGCCUUUUUAGAAACAAUAUCAUGGUCUGUAGAUCUUGGUUUGGUCAGUAAACCCAUCUUGCAUUUGUUCUAUUGCAAUAACAAAUAAAACUGCUAUUUACAAAAUAUAUUCCAUUCAAAUGAUUAAGAAGAACAAUGUGGGCUAUGGAAGAUGCACAACUAAUAAACAUCAUAUGAAACUCUA